UGUGUGUGUGUGAGAGCGUGAGACUGCUAGCUAGCCAGGCAGCUAACUAACGUCAGUUAACCCGCAGCGGCUAGCUCGGCUUGGUUUGGUUUGGUCUCUUUUCCGUCACAGCUGGCGAGGAUCAGUCGUUGAAGGUUGGAGCCGUGCUGGAGGGAUUGGUCCAAUUUCUGUCCAUAAAGUCUAGUGGCUGUCAGUGCAGUAACCUGCUUGAGGUGUCUCAUAGCUGUGAAUUGUGUCACUGUGGGAAAAUAGCAGUGGGAAUCAAAACUCUCCCACCUCCUCCUCUUCCUCCGUCUCCUCCCCCAUUUUUUUUCUCUCAGCCAUUUAAACCCUCCCCCUAACAAAUACACAGUAAGCCACAUGCAACCCUCUGACCACUCCUCCCACACUGGUCAUGGUCCACUCCCUCGGUCUCUUCAGCCAGUCGGGCAGUGAGUCGAUGGAAGCUGUGUAAUCCUCUGUAAAGUAUAGGGCCUGUGCGCCUGCAUAUGGUCCCUUUUGUCAUGGCGGCUGUUGUUGUUGAAGAGGCCUCCCUCAGGAGAGAACAUGAGGGAGAACAGAAGGCAGCAUAACGCUCACAAAGGGAGGAAGACAGAGUGAGUGAGAGACCCUGACAUUGCCAUUUAUUUGACCAGAGGAGAAUGAGCUUCACAGGGCAAUGGAUGGAAUUCAAUGGGGUUGAAACCCCAUGAUGUGGGACUGGCAUUACUACCCCACACCAAUCACAAAUUGGACCCACAGUCUGCUUUGGAGAUAUUUGCCACACAGUGACCUGCCACAAGGAAUGCAGUAAAAUAGAGAAAAGUAGGCAAAACUUUUUUCUUGGUUUAGAAUAUUUUUCUAUUUUCUCCUUUUUGUUUUGUUUUUUGUUUUUUUCAAUUACUGCCUACCACAAGUGCCUUUUUUGUUACUUUUGUCUAUUUUUUUCAUUUAUCUUGCUCUAUUUUCACACCUCAUUUUGCCCCAGAUUACUGCAUGAAACUUUAUAUACAGUAACUGUCACAUUAUAUGAGUGUUGCCAUAUUUUAAAGAAGGUACAUAGUAUAUUUGACAGCCACAACACCAGCCUUCAUCAAAUACACACUUGACAAUCAUCACCUUCCUGAAUUUAGUUUGUAUCACUGAGAGCGAGGUUGCUCCAGACCAGCGUAAUUUCUGCACUGCCUACUCCCGAUCUCUGUUGCUUUGACGACCCAGAUCCGUCGCCAUGUUCAGUUUCCAGUCCAAAUGGCGCUACAUUUUCAUGUUCCUGGGCAUCCAGCUCGUGGUCAUGGCACUGUUGUCCCGAGAGGGAUACCAGAAGAGGGUCUCAUACUUCAUCCGCAUCUUCCGCAAGCCCGACCCCACUAGUUUGUCAGGCCGCAACCACACAGCAGCUGGCUUCCCUGGAGGGGAUGUAUAUGCCAACCUCUCCCACCUAUCCAAAGCUCACAGCCAUGGAGAUGAGAUGCCCUACUGCUCUAAGACGUCCCCUCUUAUAGGUGGUCCGAUCCACGUCAGCUUUCCAUCAGGGCUCACUCUAGCAGAGGUUCAGAGGAAAAAUCCACUGGUGGUGCGCGGAGGACGCUAUAGGCCACCUGACUGUGAGGCGAGGCACCGAACAGCCAUCAUCAUUCCCCACAGACACAGAGAACACCACCUUAAGUUCCUACUAUACUACCUACAUCCUUUUCUGCAGCGACAACAGCUCCAGUAUGGAAUUUACGUCAUUCACCAGUCUGGAAACUACACUUUUAACAGGGCCAAGCUGAUGAAUGUGGGUUUCCGGGAGGCCAUGAAGGAGGAAGACUGGGACUGUCUCUUCUUUCAUGAUGUGGACCUCAUUCCGGAGGACGAUCGUAACACAUACGUCUGCGACUCCAACCCCAAGCACGCAGCCAUUGCCAUGGACAAGUUUGGCUACAAGCUUCCGUACAAGAUGUACUUUGGAGGAGUGUCAGCUCUGACACCACUGCACUACCUCAAAAUGAACGGCUUUCCCAACAACUACUGGGGCUGGGGUGGAGAGGACGAUGAUAUUGGAGUAAGAGUGUCUCUUGCGGGGAUGUAUAUCACUCGUCCAUCACUGAAGGUUGGCCGUUACAAGAUGAUUAAACACAAGCUGGACAAAGGCAAUGAUGUAAACCCAAAGAGGUUCAACAUGCUGGCCAAGACACGUCAGACCUGGAAGUCUGAUGGAAUGAACACAGUUGAAUAUGAGACAAUCUCCCGGCAAUACCUGCCCCUCUACACCAACAUCACUGUCAACAUUGGCACUGAGGCCGGCCUACAUCCACCUCCUCUGAAACGACAACCUCCUGCCAAAAUUGCAGACAAACCUGCAGUCAAAGCACCUGCCAUAGUCCCAGCAGCUGCUGAAGUCCCAGCGAAAGGCCCUGCCAAACUCAAAGAGGGCCACUCAGAGUAAUAGUCUACCCUAAGAAACCGCAAACAUGUUUUCACUUUGCCAUAACUUCGAUGGAUGGUUUCCCUCAGUGGCCUGGAUUGUUAUUGCUUAUUUUAAGCUUUUUCUUUAAGCUUUUGCGGAGGAAUCAGUUUGUGGAGAAUCAACAUCAUAUACUGCCUGCGGACAGUGGGGCACUGAUUUGUGUGAUUCAAAACUCCUGAUUUAUUAAAAAUAAAAACAAUAGACCUGAAUUUCUCAACCCUGAGGUGACGGCUCUUCACCUUAGUUCUUCCUAGGGCGGCCACAGAGAAGAGUGAAGGGUAAAAGUUGGACUCUAUGAGUUUGUAUAUCUACAGCACUGUGGUCGCUGCUUAAACCUUGUGAUGCCUUAGAAUCUUAUUCUUUAGUCUUUUUAAUUGUACUUUAUAUUAUUUAGAAUAUUGGGUUUAAUGGAGCGGUAGCUGCAAUUUGCAUCAGUCACACUGUGCCACAACAGAGUCUGACUCAUUUUCUGUCUCAACGCCAAUAAAUAUGUGAGUGAAGGAGACGUUUUUUGUUUCAAACGGAGUGUGUGAAGCUGCUACAGGGAGUGCUGAGUGGAGGAACAUGACAGAUUUGUGUUUCUCUUACUGCUAUUACUGACAGUGCACAUAUCCAUAUCUGUCUGCAAAUAUCUGGGGUCUUGUUUAGAAACGCUUACUACACAGAGGUGGAUGGAUCACUUUUCAGAGUUAUGGAUGCUGUACACAUAAUUUUGCUUAUUGUCAUGUUCAGUCAGAAUUACCAGUGUGAAUGAGGAAUGAAAACAUUUUAGUUCUGUACACCAAGCUCUGGUACUCUGUGAAAAUUUUGUUAGUAGUUGCAUACAUUUCAGCCUUUAUAAUUUCAGCAUAUCUGAUAUCUUCAUCAUAUGAUUGAAUAUUGUUUGGGGUUUUUUGUUGUUUUGUUUUUUGCUUUUAUCAAAUGGUGUCAGUUAUCAGUCCUUUGCCUUCAGAUGAGUUUGUGAUUCACAUCAAAAUGGAGUCGGUCUUGCUUUAUUCUUUUAAAAAAUGUAUGUUGAUUAUGUAGAGUGUACUGUAUAACCCGUUAUGUAAAUGUGGCCCUGAAGAGUGCUGGCUUGCUCCCUCAACACAUUAUAUACAGUCAAUCUUUAUAAUGUGCUCUUUUUUCCCUAUACUUCGCCUAUCUUAUGUCCUUAAUUUAUAUAAAGCAUUGAGAAAUUUACUAGAAAAGGACAUUUGCUCUUCACAAAUAAGAAUCACUUCUGCAGCAUCAUCUGACCAUUGUCGGACGUAAAGUAGAGAUGAGUAAAUGUUGAUGCUGUCAAGCAGAAGUUACAGCAGCCACAAUGACGUAGGCAAACAAGUUAUUUCAGUAGCAUGAGCCAAUGUGUUGAUGGGUAAUGGAAGUUGUUUUGCUGUUGUAACUAAAGAACAUGUUUUUUCUUCAGUUAGGAUUAUAUUUUAUAUUUUGAGACAAUUCUCAGACAUCUUGGACUGAUUUAAUUUGAAAACCCACAAAAUAAUGUCUAAAAUCAUUGUCGUCAAGUUGACACAGGUGUGAGGUUUUUACUCAACACAGCAUAAUUUUGUGAAAAUAUACUGAGUAUCGGAGAUAUGUCACAGAUACAGCAAUAUUUAAGUUAUAUCUUGGCUCACCAAUAAGGUAAAAGGCUGUUUCUUUCUUUCUUAUCAAUAUUGACCUUGUUGCCCUGCGAUGUAACUCUGAAAAGCCAGUUCUUUAACACAUCUACCAUGUCCUUCCCACUAGUGCCCGUAUGCUGCAUGCCGACCCUCCACCCUCCCCUUCACCUAUAUCCGUACUGACAGAUUUGAUUGUUUACACUAGAAAAAAAAUACGCAGUCGCUUUAUCAAAAGUGUGGCUGUACUGGCAGGUGAACAGACUGAAACCAAAGACAACCGCAUGGAAAGCUGUGAUGAUGUAUGAAUGUGCACGUGUGUGUGUGUGUGUGUGUAUAUAUACUCCAUAUGUUGUGAAUGAUUUCCGUUAACACUGUAUUAUGAUAUCUGAAUUGAUGGGCCUAUCAUAUCUUCCUAUCCAUAUUUGUAGCUGCUUACAUUUCUGUUCAAAGAAUUUCUAACCCAUCAUGCAUUCAGUGAAAACCACAAAUGGGACGAGGGAGGUUCAAAUGCUGUACUGAAAUUGUUUAUCUCAUGUCAUUGUGGUGUGUCUGCUGAAGUGGACAAGACGAGCUUUGAUGGUGGUUGCCUGUCAUUAUCAUAAAUAGAUGACUAUAUACUGUAUUAUCAUUUUUAUGUGAAUUCAUAUUCAACUCCUAUGGCCUUAGCAACUCAUAAUAGUAGUAUUUAAACACAUGGUCACUAACAGCAUCUUUAUAUCAAGAGUAAAUAUGCAUGGCAAUGAACCUGUUUGUAAGGGUGUGGGAAUGUACUGAACACAACAUGGAGAUGAUGCAUAUUCGUGCUCACCUAGAAACUAUGAAGCAUGCUGCAGGGUCUAUGUUGUGAACUGGAAACUGUCUUAUUGUGACUUUAAAAAGCAAGUUUCCAUCUGCUGUGCAGAGUGCUCCUCGCUGUUCUGUAAAAUUUGAGGAUAAGAGUAGCAUUUGUGAGUAAAAGGAGCUUAUAUUCCCAAAGUCACAAUGUACAGUCUCUGGUCAUUUACUGUGUAACACUUGACCUGAUGUUUUGGGUUUUCUUAAAGCUACUUUAGUUUUGAUUUGAUUUGACUCCCUUCUGAUGUGGAUUAGCUCAGCAACAAUAGAAAGCAGCCGUCACAAAGUAGUACUGACACAAGCAAGGGCAAUGUGGCUUUGUGAGUUAUUUCUGCUCUUUUUAUGAAUUCUGCACAGUCCCGAGUGGCCUUAAAUUCAUUAAUAAACUGAUGAUUUAAAAUAAA